AUGACGUACCAAUCUGAAGAUGGGAAGUUGCUCGCAUUAUUGUCAGAUGAUACAACCAUUAGAGCCCUACUUGCUCGUUCAGACCUUACGCAAAAGCAUUUCGAAGCUAUCAAAACUAUCUAUAGCCAUUUCGCCAAGACUACAGAACGCUACCGUACGAAUCCUAACAGUCCCAUCCCAGUCAAAGAGUUUAGCACCGAUGAGCUCGCUAAUGACAACGUUCCACGACAAAUGGUUCGAAAGCCGGCAACACCAAAAAACCAAUUCAGCCGAUUUCUGAAGCUAAAGGAGAUGACCAUCCCAAGCCACAUCUCUCGUCACAUUGCAGACCAUGGAAGCGACCCCCAAGCGUUCUUCUCUCGCUCUGAACUCCAACACCCUAUCCACAAAUACGACGCUCAGCAGGCUGGGGAUGCAUUUCUCGCAUCUUACUACCACACCAUCCAGUUGCAUGAAAACAUGGCAGCUGAUGCAGCCAUCUGGGGUUUUCUCAUGCUUCAAUAUUUUGACAUCUGCCAGCUCCUUCGCCCUGGCGCUACAGGUAGUCGCAUGGGAGUGACCCAGCUAGGAGAUAUCCAGUUGUUCUUAGCACCUCUCGCUGCUGCAGAUAUCGCAGGGGGCACAAAGCACCCGAAAUUCAACCUCAGCGUUGCGGCGGAUGACAUUUAUGAAUGGUGUACGUACGGCGCGAAGAUUAACAUCUUUGUGUCAGAGUUUGGGCCUGGUUGCAUCUUCCCGCUGGCCAAACAUCUCUCCCAGGACUUUCUUAAAAACAAGGUCACAAAGUCUGGAUCUCGCCACGAUGAAGCGAUUAAUCACCUACGGAACAAAUUAGGCCUAGCUACUCUGCUACGCGAUUCUGGUACUGGUGAGCUAGGAGAGCAUAUUAGAGCAUUCUUGAUUCGGCCAUUCAAGCUUUUGCAUGAGCUUCAGAAGGAAGAUAGUUAUGCCGAGACGGAAAUACUGGACAAGGAAGAGUCUUAG